AUGAUCCCGCGCCGCGAUGGCGUCGACGCCCGUCUCGACCCCAGCGUCACUUUCGAAGAAUACGUCUACUGGGCCAAGAUCGAGCGUGCGCUGGAGGACGAGGAGAACCGCCAGUACGUCGAGGAGCGUGGCCCCUUGACCAUAAGCAAAGUCGUCAAGGGCCGCUUCUCCAAGGGUGUGCACGUCGAGAACCAGCAGAAGCGCGAGCGUGAGGAGGCCGAGAAGGCCGCCCAGGGCCUCCCCAUCGAUGAGAAGUCCGCCGACAACAAGAAUGGCCUCGUCAGCUCCUCCGCCUCGAACUCCUCCGUCGCCGUCUCCGAUGAGGAAUGGCGAACUGCCUCCCGUGCCCUGCGUACUGCCAGUUGGGGUACUAUCUUCUACCUGAUCACUACCGAUGUGCUGGGUUGGGCCAGUGCACCUUUCGUCUUUGCCAGUGUCGGCUACGGCCCCGGUGUGGCGCUCUUCAUCGUCUUCGGUGCAUUUGCGGGCUUCAGUGGCUGGAUCCUGUGGCAGGUGUUCCUGGCGCUGGACUCGACGCGUUACCCCCUGGUCAACUUUGGUGACACCUACUUCCGCAUCUACGGCCCCUGGGCCCGCCACUUCGUCAACGUCGGGCAGUCGCUGCAGCUGCUGUUGUCCGUCUCCGUGCUGAUUCUUGGUAACGGCCAGACGCUGUCGCAGCUGGCCGACAACAAGAUUUGCUUCGUGGUGUGCAUGGUCAUCAUGAUGGUCAUCGGCAUGGUCAUGGGCAGUAUCCGCUCCCUGCAGCGUCUCGGAUGGCUGACCAACGCGGCCGUCUGGCUGAACAUUGUGGACUUCAUCAUGAUCAUGGUGGCCGCGGGCGCACACUACGGCAUCGACUACGAAGCCGUCAUCUCGUCGACCCUGAUCCAAGUCAAGGAGCCGGUGAAGACCUUCGCCGGCAUCCCCCCCAACCAGUACCAGAUGCAGGCCACCGGCUUCGCGGGACGGUUCACCGGUGUGGACCAGAUGGUUUACUCGUACGGUGGUGCCAUUCUGUUCAUCUCCUUCCUGGCGGAGAUGCGUCGCCCCUGGGAUUUCUGGAAGGGUCUGCUGUGCGCCCAGCUGUUCAUCUGCCUGGUGUACAUCUUCUUCGGUGCCUUUGUCUACAGCUUCUACGGCCAAUACUCCAUCUCGAACAUCUACAACGUCGUUGAGCCUAAAGGGCUGCAGACCGCGGUGAAUAUCGUGUACUUUUUAACGUGCAUUAUCGCCUCGAUUCUCUACUUCAACAUCGGCAUGAAAUCGGUCUACCAGCAGGUCUUCAUGGAGAUCUUCCACUUCCCCGACAUCUCGACCUUCCGCGGGCGCAUGCUGUGGUACGCCCUGGGGCCGAUCUACUGGGUGAUCGCGUUCGUGAUCGCGGGCGCAGUGCCCAACCUGAACGGUAUCUCCAGCAUGGUGGGCGCGCUGCUGAUCCUGAACUUCACCUACACGCUUCCGGGCGUGCUGUACGUGGGCUUCCGGUGCCAGCUGGACUCUGCGCUUCCGGGCGAGGGCUACGACCCGACGACGGGCGUGACGGUGCGCCACGACGGCGGGUGGCGGCGCUGGUCGCGCGGGUUCAAGAAGCACUGGGCGCUGAACACCUUCUGCACGCUGUACUUCCUGGGCGGACUGGCGUGCUCGGGCAUGGGCUCGUGGGCGGCCGUCGAGAGUCUGAUUGAGGUGUUUGGGCCCGGCGGCACGGUCGCCACCUCGUUCGGGUGCGCCGCCCCGGUCUAG